AGGCCCGGGGCGUCCAAUGGUGGGGGUGGCUGCGUGGGUCGCCAUGGGGACGGGGCUGUUCCCGGGGAGGCUGUGAUGGGUUGACAGGUGCGUGACAGUGGGAGCUGCUCUCGGCACAAGCAUGUACGGCAAAGGCAAGAGUAACAGCAGCGCCGUCCCGUCCGACAGCCAGGCCCGGGAGAAGUUAGCACUCUAUGUAUAUGAAUAUCUGCUCCAUGUAGGAGCUCAGAAAUCUGCUCAGACAUUUUUAUCAGAGAUAAGAUGGGAAAAAAACAUCACAUUGGGGGAACCUCCAGGCUUCUUGCAUUCUUGGUGGUGUGUAUUUUGGGAUCUCUACUGUGCAGCACCAGAAAGACGUGAAACUUGUGAACACUCAAGUGAAGCUAAAGCCUUCCAUGAUUAUAGCGCUGCAGCAGCUCCCAGCCCAGUGCUAGGAAACAUUCCCCCAGGAGAUGGCAUGCCAGUAGGUCCUGUACCACCAGGGUUCUUUCAGCCUUUCAUGUCACCUCGGUACCCUGGAGGUCCAAGACCACCACUGAGAAUACCUAACCAGGCACUUGGAGGUGUCCCAGGAAGUCAGCCAUUACUGCCUAGUGGAAUGGACCCAACACGACAACAAGGUCAUCCAAAUAUGGGCGGACCAAUGCAGAGAAUGACCCCUCCAAGAGGAAUGGUUCCCUUAGGGCCACAGAACUAUGGAGGUGCAAUGAGGCCCCCUCUGAAUGCUUUAGGUGGCCCUGGAAUGCCUGGAAUGAACAUGGGUCCAGGUGGUGGUAGACCUUGGCCAAAUCCAACAAAUGCCAAUUCAAUACCAUACUCCUCAGCAUCUCCUGGGAAUUAUGUAGGUCCUCCAGGAGGUGGAGGGCCACCAGGAACUCCCAUCAUGCCUAGUCCAGCAGAUUCUACCAAUUCUGGAGAUAACAUGUAUACUCUAAUGAAUGCAGUACCUCCUGGACCCAACAGACCUAAUUUUCCGAUGGGCCCAGGGUCAGAUGGUCCAAUGGGUGGAUUAGGAGGAAUGGAAUCACAUCACAUGAAUGGAUCUUUAGGCUCAGGAGAUAUGGACAGUAUUUCCAAAAAUUCUCCCAAUAACAUGAGCCUGAGUAAUCAGCCUGGCACUCCAAGAGAUGAUGGUGAAAUGGGGGGAAAUUUCUUAAAUCCUUUUCAGAGUGAGAGUUAUUCCCCGAGCAUGACAAUGAGCGUGUGAUCCAUCCCCAAGCCUCCUCUGACAACAACAGUGAGUCAGCCUUCUUCACAGAACUACUCCAGAAGAAAAUUACUCAUCACCGUGUACAGUUUAAGAAACAAAAGGAUCUCAGUCACAACCAAACCAACUCUAUUUUUUUCCUGCUCUCUCCCUUAUUUUGUGAAGAAAGCAGGUGCAAACGUGAUACAAACAACUGUACGGAGAGGCAUAUUAAAAUUGCCCUAAAUUGAACUGCAAAUAAUUAUCUGUGUAUGUAUAUGUGUGGGACAAUGAAUGUACUGUAUAUGUGUAUGCUAUAUAGACAUAUACAUGCACACAUACAUACAUGUAUCCACAGGACAUUGUAAAAUAAUUAUCACAUGACAUCUUAAGUAGAAAUAAGUAGGGACUUUUAUUCCGUCUUUUUUCACGUUUACAUUUUAAUUAUUAAAAGUUACUUUUCCCUCCCCCUGAACUAUUUUGUGCUGUGUAUAUCACUGCUUUAUAUAAGUUAUUUUUUAAGGUGAAUUCAGAUGUUAUGGUUUUGUAAAUGUCUGCGAUCAUGGAUAGGAAUAAAAUUGCUUAUUUGAGAGCUUUCAUUAAAUGGUGUCUGAUGCAAGUUAUCCUGUGAAUCACAAACUGUACUGUCUCAAGAAAUAGAAGAAAGCUUGUCUUGAUUUUUAUGUCAAAAUCUACCGAUUUCUCACUUA